AUGUUGUGCCCGGAAUUGUGGAAGUUUCCUAUUCCAACAUGCUCGGUCGAGCGGAUUGUUAGUCCUUGCUGGAGUAAGAUGAAAAAGAUGAACAAAAUUCGAAAGUAUAACGAAGCACAUCCACUGAAGCGCAUGGUUUCAGUGGUGAUUCCUGCCAAUGAACCACAAUGUUUGCUUGGUUUGGAAGCGGAUUUUGAUGUUGGUUGCUGUAAACUUUACCGUGUCAGGCACUUUCCCGUGAUGGAGAUGCUAAAAAAGGAAUUCGUGGAAGCAUUUGUUAAGCGAGGAACGCUAUAUGCGGUUAGCACAUAUGCGAAAAUGGAAUCUGAAGAUUGUUUGGCAAUUAUGCCUUGCGGUGCAUUGAUUAUAAGUUUACAUCGUGAAACGGCAGAGAAGUUACAGGGCAAUUUUAAUAUCAAUGUAUGGUCGCAAAAUCGAGAUAAAUGUGUAAUUAAGAUCGAUUUGAAAUCGGCAAAUGCUAGACAACAGAUAAAAGACACAAUGGUAACGUUUGAUAUAACGUUACGAUGGAUUCCUCCAGACAAUGAAUGCAGCAAAUCCAACACCGAUAUGGAUGUUACCGUGAGUGGGAGUUCGAUUGCAAAAUAUUUACAUGAUAUUUGUCAAUUGAAUGUUGAGAAUGUAGCUGCAGGCUGUAAAAAGACGCAAAGGUUUGAUGAAUCAAUACCUAUGAUGAGAGUGAACAACCUUUCUUCGGAUGAAACUGGAAAAACUUCAUGCACAAACGACGAAUUACUGGAGUACAUCGGAAUGCUUGCGCUGGAUUGCACGACAACGCCGAUUGAAUAUGUGAGUAGCUACAUGAUGGAUAAGCCUCAACUGAAACCAAAUACCGUAUCGAUCUUUCAUCGAAAUGGACUCAUAACGGCGGAGGAAGUUAAUCGCAGCAUUAUGCGUUUAACCAAAUUGGUCAAUGAAUGCCACACUAUUCCAUGGGUAGGACUGCAUGUUCAAGGCAUUUGUAAUGUACCUUUACAUUUUAUGCAUCACGGUGAAAAUGGCGUCUAUUGGAAUUACGAUAGUGCGUACACAAUGGUUAUCACGAAUCAAAAUCUUUUGUGGAGUAAUAGUUUUGGAGGUGUUUUGUAA